AAAGUGGCUUAUGACCCGAGGGAUUUUCAAGAUGGAGGAGAGGCGCAGACUAUGCCUAGGUUGACAUUAAUGGAAGAGGUUCUUCUCUUGGGUCUUAAAGAUAAAGCCGGAUACCUUAGUUUCUGGAAUGACAACAUAUCUUACGCUCUGAGAGGUUGCAUACUUAUAGAACUCGCUCUGCGCAGACGUAUCGCCAUGGUUCGUGACCCUUCUCGUCGGAGACUCGCCUUGGCCGACAGGCUCAUAGAGGUCAUUGACGAUCGACAAACUGGAGAAACGAUCCUAGAUGAGGCUUUGAAGAUGAUGAAGAGUAGUGAAAAGUAUGGAGCUGGAGCCUGGGUGGAUUUGAUGAGUGGUGAAACAUGGAACGUGAUGAAAAUAGGUUAUCAACUGAAACAAGUUCGUGAACGCCUCGCCAAAGGGUUAGUGGAUAAAGGCGUGUUGAGGACAGAAAAGCGGAACUUUUUAUUAUUUGACAUGGCCACUCAUCCGAUUGCCGACAUGAACGCAAAGGAAGAUGUGUUGCGACGAACUUUAGCUUUGUUGACUGCUCGAACGACGGCUGUCCCUCCUCAGGCGUUACACAAGGAAGAGGUAAAGUAUCGAUACAUGCGAGCAGUGGCGUUGGUUUGUGCGGCCUACGCAUCUUCAGUUCUUGAAAACGCCCUUCAACGUCUAUCAUACGACGCCCGGGAAGCCGCUUUUGCCCGAUGUGACGACAUCCUCGCCGAAUUCUCUGUAUGGCCAUUCGGUCAGACGGUACCUUUGAGUACUGGGCCCGUCAGUGUGGGAACAGGUAGCACGCAGGGUGCAGGGGCUGGUGGGGGACAAGAAGGAGAGGAAGAAUUAUGUUUCGAAGUGGUGGCUACUGUGUUGGAGAUAUUCGGGAGGAUGGAUAGUUUGGUU